AUGGCUUUUUGCGAUCAAUUAAGUAGGCCAGAUAUCAUUUUGUCUGGAUUAAUGUUUGCUCAACUAGUUCUCAAUGUAGCAGCUGGCAAAGCGCCAAUGCAAAUCUCCACUGAUGGCGCGGGCAUUCCACAAAAAGCCAUCGACGGAUCUACCUCAUCGUUCUUUUCCGCUGAAACAUGUUCGCUGACGAAACCUGAACGUGUACCUUGGUGGUAUGUUAAUUUACUCGAGCCCUACAUGGUGCAGUUGGUUCGUUUGGAUUUUGGAAAAUCAUGUUGUGGCAACAAUAAGCCAGCAACAAUUGUGGUUCGGGUCGGUAACAAUCGACCUGAUUUAGGAACGAACCCAAUUUGCAAUCGUUUCACUGGCGUUUUGGAAGAAGGGCAACCUUUGUUCCUGCCAUGCAAUCCACCAAUGCCUGGUGCAUUCGUAUCAGUUCAUCUUGAAGUCAAUCACCCAGCCGCUCUUUCUAUUUGUGAAGCAUUUGUUUAUACAGAUCAAGCUCUUCCGAUUGAACGUUGCCCAUCAUUCAGAGAUCAACCACCUGGUGCUUUAGCUUCCUAUAAUGGAAAGUGUUACAUUUUCUAUAAUCGGCAACCGAUGAAUCUUCGUGAUGCUUUAGCAUUCUGUCGAUCACGUGGUGGCACUUUAAUCAAUGAAUCAAAUCCAGCACUUCAAGGCUUCAUUAGUUGGGAAUUAUGGCGACGCCAUCGAAGCGAUAUUUCAUCGCAAUAUUGGAUGGGAGCUGUUCGAGAUAGCAAAGAACGUAAUCUUUGGAAGUGGAUUGGUGGGGAAGACGUGUCUGUGUCAUUUUGGAAUCUUCCUGGUGGUGAUGAAGAUUGCGCUCGUUAUGAUGGAUCAAAGGGUUGGUUGUGGAGUGACACAAACUGCAACACUCAACUGAAUUUCAUUUGUCAACAUCAACCGAAGGCUUGUGGACGACCAGAGCAACCACCAAACUCAACAAUGAUCACAUCGAAAGGUUUUGAUGUAGGCUAUGAAAUGUUGGGACGUGCUAUGUUGACAUGUGACAUCGAUGAGAGAUGGAAUGGCCCACCGCCACGUUGUGAGAUUGUUGAAUGUGACGCUUUACCUGCUAAUCACAAGAAUUCAAAGAUUUUAACUCCCAAUGGAACAAUUUUCGGCGCUAAAGCUGAGAUUCAAUGUGCAAGAGGUUUUAAAAUUAAUGGACCAAAUUUCAUCACGUGCACGGCAACUGGACAAUGGAGUGGUCCAAUUACGGCUUGUGUUGAAGAUGUGACGUUGACAACAAAGGCACCGACACCUUCCAUUCCAGCUACAACUUACACUCGCACCAGAACAUCUCAACAACCUUCAAGAAAAUCUUCGACACCAAUUCGAACAAGUUCAAGAUUCUCAACAUCAACAACACAAAAAAGCAUUCCAAUUCAUCAGAUUGACUUGGAUGACGAAGAAGAUAAUAAUGACACCGACAUUUUGCCCGGAACUGUUCGUGAAGAGUUUCCGCCACGUAAGGCCGUUCGCCCAGUUAUCAGCAUACCAAAGAACAACCAACCACAGCCAACCGUCACAACAACGACACGCAAAAUCGAGACAACGACUAGAAAUGUUCAAGAAGAAAUCGAUGCCGCUCAUCCCGAAGAUAAUGAGGUUGCCGGCACUAAUAACAACAGACACAAUCAUGUGCCUGACGUCAAUGUUCCAACGCCAGUCGAUAAUGACGAAACUGUCAACUCAUCAUCAACAUACGGAGCUAAACUCAACUUAUCAUCAAUCAUCGCUCUCAGUUCCUUUGGUGGUUUCGUCUUUUUAGCAGCUCUCAUAACUACAAUUGUGAUUCUUGUUAGAAGCACGAAGUCGUCACUUGAUACUCAACAACAACCACAAAAUUUGCUGAGCAAUUCAACGACAUUGUCGAAGAAAUAUUUCGAGAAUUGUAAACAUGAUGUAAAGUUGUCGCAAGAUCAUUUGCCCUCGAGGUGGUACACCGUUUUGGCAUUGCCAUUUCCUGAUCAAAAACUUGCCAGACGUGACAUUAGUACGUUUGGUCGUCAUGGUUUCUAUCAAUCGCGUGCUGGCUUCUUCAGCGAACCUUCGCCACCAAACCGUUCAUCUACACAGCACUAUCGUCAUCGAGCCUCUCCUGAUUGUAAUACCGUCGCCUCAUUUGACAGUUCAAGUUCCGAAUCACGAAAUGGAUUGAAUAGAUAUUAUCGUCAAGCGUGGGAAAAUCUCCAUGAAUCAGCAUCUAAAAAUCAUAAUCAAUUAAGACGUAAAGAAACACUUGAUCCGCCAAAUCUUAGUCGAUCGAGAGAUAACUUGGAAAAUCGUGCACGCGAUUUAGACAGAUUUUUUGAUAGAUCACGGGAUAAUCUAUCCAGAGGUGGGACACGUGACUAUGGACGUGAUAGUCUAGGAUUAAGAGACGGUUCUGAGAUGGUGGUGUCAGAUGCUUGUGUCAAAGGCGAAAGAAAGCGUCACCAUCAUCAUCAUCACCAUAAUAAAUCUAACAAUAGAAGCAGCAGCGAAUUAAGGGACCAAAAUAUAAGCAGUGGUAAUAGAAGUCGUCACUAUUGACAUCGAAUGGUUAUCACUAUCAACUUAGAUGAAUAAAUUUAUUAAACAUUAAUUAAUUCCCGUUCUUAUAAAUUAAAAUAAGUUUUUUUAACAUUUCACAAGAGAAAAAAAGGAAAUAAUUGCGGACUCAUAGACAAGACAAAAUUAUUUAUUAUUUCUUUGAUUAGAUGCAAUCAUACAUUUAGAGUAAUGAUAACACAUAAGCGAUCUAGAGAACUUUCCUUUUCAACUUAAAUACUUACAAACUUAAUACACUUGAAGAAAUUUUCGUCGAUAGUGAUUAACCGAACUCGUGCACAAAAAAAGUGAAAGAGAAAUCUAAGAAUUGAAAAUUUCUUUAAGUGUUUCACAAAUAACGAUCCUAAAAUGUU